UAUACACCAAAAAGGGCCUCUUAUUUCGCCAUUUUCCAUUUCAGUCAAACAAAGCUGAAAACAAGCUCUAACCCACACUGUAGUCUCUUCUUCCUUUCAUCUAACCCCCCAUUUUUCUUUCCCAUUUUUUCAGAAGAAAUGGCAAAUGAAAAGAAAACCCAAACUGGGGUUUGGCCAAAAAUCAAACCUUUUGUUAAUGGUGGUACCUCUGGUAUGUUAGCCACAUGUGUCAUUCAACCCAUUGAUAUGAUCAAGGUGAGGAUUCAAUUGGGUCAGGGAUCAGCUGCUACUGUCACCAAGACCAUGCUUAGAAAUGAGGGUAUUGGUGCCUUCUACAAGGGGCUAUCAGCUGGAUUGCUCCGGCAAGCUACAUACACUACUGCCCGACUCGGAUCAUUCAAAAUGUUGACAACCAAAGCAAUCGAAGCCAACGAUGGGAAACCCCUACCUCUAUAUCAGAAAGCAUUAUGUGGUCUUACUGCCGGUGCUAUUGGAGCCUGUUUCGGCAGCCCGGCCGAUUUAGCACUUAUCCGUAUGCAAGCUGAUGCUACUCUGCCUGCUGCUCAGCGCCGGAACUACUCAAACGCAUUCCAUGCACUCUAUCGUAUCGUUGGGGAUGAAGGGGUUCUCGCACUUUGGAAAGGUGCUGGUCCGACCGUAGUCCGAGCCAUGGCAUUGAACAUGGGAAUGCUUGCCUCUUAUGACCAAAGUGUAGAGUUUUUCAAGGAUUCCCUUGGCUUAGGUGAAGCUGCAACAGUCAUAGGUGCAAGUGCGGUUUCAGGUUUCUUUGCUUCAGCUUGUAGUUUACCAUUUGAUUAUGUGAAAACACAAAUCCAGAAAAUGCAACCCGAUGCCGAGGGGAAAUAUCCAUACAACGGUUCUCUAGACUGCGCUAUGAAAACCCUCAAGUCCGGCGGACCUUUGAAAUUUUACACCGGAUUCCCUGUAUAUUGUGUUAGAAUUGCUCCUCACGUCAUGAUGACUUGGAUUUUCCUCAACCAGAUUCAGAAAGCACAGAAAAAUAUGGGGUUGUAGAUAUCUCAACAAUGGGGGACCAAUGCAUCAAAUAAAAGUUGGAUUUUUUUCGGGUUUCGGCAAUUUCAUACACCCUCAAAAGUUUCUUCUUUUAUUUUCUUCAAAGUUCAUAUUUUUUUUAGUGAAAUAAAUGAAGCAGGCAUUUGGGAUAAUUCUUUUUUCAUUUCAUAAUCAAAUUCAAUGAUUUAAACAAAUA